GAGAGCUGCGCGCCAUUUUCCUCUUAGUCGGUUUUCUCAGGAAUAAAAAGGGAUUUAGGAUUAGCGUUCCCAAUUUGUUCAGUUCUGCGGCUGCGAAUUGCCUCCCAUCUUCCUUCGUUUCAGGGAUGGGAUCGGCGGCAAUUAGCGAUCUUGUUGUGGGCAGUUCAGAAGUGAAAUAUCCAGAAUCAAUCCUCAAAUGGAAAAAGAUCUCCUUCGUAUGCCGUAAGAAAGAAGAUGUUGGAGGAGAAGAGUCAGGAGCGUCCUGGAUGACUCCGUCGACUCAACCCGGAUUCACGAGUCAGCGUGAUAUCCUUCGAGAGACUGCGAAACAAGAAGCAACCCAGGUGAAGAACAAGAGACGAGGUUUUUCGUUUGCGCUUCGGAAAGAAGAAAUUAAAGAGGAUGUUUUCGCUGUCACCGGUUUGAAGCAGGUGAGGAUGCCGAAGAAGAGAGCCGAGAAGGUACAAAAAUAAAUUCACUUCUUAUUUCCUGGCUCGGGGCUCGAAUUCAAAGCUCGUCUUACUCAUUGAACGGGAUAAUCUACCUGGAUAUUUUGAUAUUCACUCAUAAUCGGUUGUUUUUGUAGUUUUUUGUAGGUAGAACAAAAUCUGUUAUCAAUAAACAAUAAAGGGUAGAGAGUUAUUUGUAGUUUUCUUUUCUUGUUGUAUGUAAUCAAUGAUUCUAGGGUUUCACCGUAUUGUAAAACACAAAUCAUUAGAUUAAAGGCAUCUUCCUUAU